AUGUCUUCAGAACAAAGUAUUCCAUCGCCCGCAACCUCCGAUUGCGGUGGUGCCAUUGCGCAGGCUGAGUCCCCAGACGAUCUCGCCGUUCAGAUGAAUCACCUAGCCCUGAGCCCACAAGAGCAGCAUCAGGACGAGAUCCUCUCCAGCCCUCUUCUGACUGCACCACUCAUCAACAAACCGCCUCGCUCUAAAUUCGGCCUCUUCGGCGCUCCCAUAUCGGAAGAUUCAUCCUACGUGGCAGAAGCUCGUCUCUUCCACAACGGCUCCGGGAAGAGCAACACGCUCGCGUGCCUCCUUGAGAACUGCCUCAUUCCCAGUCAGCUUGGCAAGUUACCUUAUCCCCUGACGGGAAUCGUCUUCCAUUAUGACAGCUUCGUCUCCAACUCUGGCGGAUUGCCUUGUGAGGCUGCGUUUAUCGCAUCCCACGAGAAGGAGUCAGUCAGAGUUCUCUAUGCCCCAACGAACGUCCGCACAAUUCAGAGUAUCUACAGCAACAUUCCGCAUGUCAAGAUUGAGCCUCUGAAGCUGAGUGAUGACGACCUCAACACUCGCCGCAUGAACGACCUCAUGGCAGUCGGAGAAGGCAGCUCGAAACCGCUGUACAUGCAAGUGGUCAACCGCAUCUGA